GGGACCACUUGUUACGUUUAGAAAUAUAGUUUUUGAGUAAUCGUUAGGUUUUAGACAAGUUUGUCUUAGGUCAAAAUGAUUUAUCAAUAUUUAUCGUUGACAUAUGAGUGCUUUCUUUGAGUAUCUAAAAAAAGAAAUGGUCAUAGAAACAAUCAAACUGUAAAAAAAAAAACUGAAGAUUUCAAGUAUUUAAUAGAAUAAAAUUGUAUAAAUAAUUUGAUAGUUGGUUUAUUCACGUUUUUCAUGGGAACAUAGCCCUCAUCUUGAGAAAUUUUUCAUCUACAUGAGGAAAUGGUAAAGAAAUAAUAUACCCGAACGAAGACCGGAUGUCGGACGUUGCAGUGAUUCGAUUGAUUCGUUGAAGAGUGUCCGUGGCUACGACCGAACUUCCGAGUGCCGCUUUACCCCGGCGUUUUAUUCGUCGAGAGUUCCGAUCCCCGUGCGCUACGUGAUCUACGACUAUGUAUCAUAUCUAACUCACACACAAGAAAAAAUUCAAGUGAAAUAAAAAAUAGAAUCAAUUUCUUAUGUGUCGUCAAUUAUUUCUAUAUUUUCAUUCUAAAAAUUAGCAGGGAAGACUUUGAUUAAAGCAUGAACCGUCUCUUGGAGGUUCAAACUUCAAAAAGGGAAUUACGACAUUGGUCUUCGUGUAAAGACUGGAUAAAACUCGUGAUACAAUUUGUUGCGAGUAAUAAACUCAAUAGAAACUACAAACUAAAAUAUAAGAAUAGUUAAUUAAACAUUGAAAUAAGAAAAAGCAAAAAAGGAAGAAGUGAAAAUUGUGGUAACGAGCAAAUAGAAGGAUGAACGGUGGACAUGCCAUCUAAUCUGGGGACGGAUACUGCAGGUGACCUGUCGAUUGUCAUCGUGAAAUCUAGAGUGGCGAGAGCACACACGACUCUCGCACUGAAACAAUGAGCUCCAUAGAUUUUGAUGACGUCUUACUACAUGUGGGUGAGAAAGGCCGAUAUCAAAACAUCAUGUACUAUCUUCUGUGCAUACCUGCAACACUUCCAGCAGCUUUUCUCGCCUUUUCUCAGGUAUUUGUAAGUGCGUCACCAGAACACUGGUGUAAAAUACCAGAGCUGGAGAAUAUGACAAGUUUAAUGACCCUGGAACAACGCAAAGCUUUGUCAUUGCCCUACACUGUGAGAUCAGAUGGCAAGCGCCAGUACUCGAGGUGUUACAUGUACGAUGUAAAUUAUACGACAAUUAUAGAAGAAUGGCUACAACGGGGUACCUUACUCAAGUCUAGCGAUGAUGCUAACAUUUUUGACACUUUACCAACACUACAAUCGGCUUAUAGCCGGUUGCCACCCCCGCCCGUUAGCAGCACUGAUUGGCCUACAACCAAGUGUUUACAUGGCUGGAAUUAUGACACCAGGGAUUACGAUAGUACUCUCGUCACAGAGCUAGACCUUGUAUGCGACAACAGUUGGUUACCAUCUACAUCAACGACUUUCUUUUAUGUUGGAAGUCUUUUUGGCAAUGUUGUCUUCGGCUGGAUUGCAGACAAAUGGGGCAGAAGAACAGCCUUCUUUGCAAUACUUUUUCUCGAAGUAAUAUUCUCUAUAGCAACAAGUUUUAGCCCUAACUACGUUGUCUACACGGCCUUAAGAACUGUCAAUGGUCUAUUUUUUCCUGCCAUUUAUCAAAUACCAUUCAUCUUAGCUUUAGAACUAAUGGGCCCACGAUACAGAACAUUUGCAGGGAUGGUUAUCUGUAUGUUUUUUGCUACAGCCAUGUGUCUUCUUGCAUUGUUGGGAUAUCUUCUGAGAAAUUGGUUUUCGUUAUCUUUAGCGACAUCAGUGCCAUUUAUUAUCCUUUUUAGUUAUUGGUGGAUCAUUCCUGAAUCACCAAGAUGGCUUCUCAGUAAGAACAGGAUAGAUGAAGCAGAAGUCAUUGUACAAAGCAUGGCAAGAAUUAAUAAAAAAAAAGUUCCAACUAAUUUUUUACGAAAAAUGGAGAUGGAUAUCUUAAAGAAACGAGGAACUUCUUGCAAUGGCAGAAAUUCAAGAGAAAUCGCAAUAGAAAUGCAAACACAAGAUAGACCUCCACCACCUUCAGCAACUCCUAUGGAUAUUAUGACGAAUCCAAACAUUCGAAAAAAAUUUUUGAUUCUUGCUUUUGACUGGGUUGCAAAUGCAGUCGUUUAUAAUGGACUUUCGUACAAUACAACGAAUUUAGGAGUCUCAGACUACCUCGCAUUUUUCAUUGGUGGAAUUGUAGAGAUACCAUCAUAUGUUAUAACAUGGUACGCUAUGGACAGAUGGGGACGACGGUGGGUUUUGUGUCUUACGAUGCUUUUAGGCGGUCUUGCUUGUGUUUCUUGUAUGUUUGUGCCUGAAGAUGCAGUUUGGGUGACAGUUUCUUUAGCAAUGAUUGGAAAAUUUGGAAUAGCUGCAUCAUUUGCAGUAUUUUAUGUAUUUGUUGGUGAAUUACUACCAACGGUAUUGAGGUCUCAAGCAAUGGGUAUUGCCUCAUUUAUUGCGGGAAUCGGUCUUCUCACCUUCCCGUACAUAGUUCACCUGGCUGUCUACUCCAGGGUCCUACCACUUAUAGUGAUGGGUUCGUUGAGCGUGGCAGGCGCUCUAACGUCAAUUUUCUUGCCAGAAACUCUCAAUAUUCAUUUGCCCCAAACGAUAGAAGAAGGAGAACGGUUUGGAGCGGAUUUUAAACUUUGGUCUUGUCCUACAUUACCAAGAAGAUCAACCCGAGAACAACAACAAACUUCUUUACCACUUCGAAACCUAGUAAAUGGUGGUCCAGGACGACGAUCGUUGAGAAGGAAGACAAAAGUCGAAUCGACUGAAAAAGACACAGAAAGAGGAGUUCGAGUGACAUUAGCCACAAGUGAAGAUGAAACAGAACACUUAAAUGCUACAGAUGAUAAUAGAGAAACUGAAGAGGAAGAAGAAAAUACAAGAGUAGAAAGUACUGAAAUUGUAGAUCUUCGAGGGAAAAAAUGAGCCGACCAUGUUUUUGAAUAAAUCACGAGUGUGUUAUUAAAAAUAAGUUCAUAAUGAAAUUUGUAUUAUAAUAUCAGUAUAGGCACGCAUUGUAUUUAUUUUUUCCAUUAAUUAUAAUGUACUUCCUUUCUAAAG